GUAAUAUAUGAUAACCUAAUAUUUAUUAUUUACAAUACAAUUUAAUUUAUUGAGAAACUAUUGAAAAUCUCUUCGUUUCAUUAAAGAAAAACCAAAAAAUAAAAGGAAGUAAAGCUAAUUUUUUAAAAGAAAAGAAGAAUGUCAAAAAAUUUCUGUCAACUGUCAGAUUAAAAAAUAAAAAGUACCGAGAAUCAAAAUACAUAAAGAAAGGAUCAAUUUGAAGGUAACAGUUGUUACUUUGACCGAUUAAUUACAUAUCACAACAAUUAAAAGCAAUGACAAUCGCGGCGAAUACGAGUAAUACCAAUAACGUUUGUACUGGUAUUGAAUACACCAAGACGUUUGUGAAGCAAAUGGUAAAAAAUACUUUAUUCACCGGCGUUUUCCAAGAAAAACGAUUAGUUGAAGAGUUAGGAUCUUACAGGGAUGUGGUCACCAUUUGCCCGGAAGAGGAGGAUUUCAUCAAGAAUAUUAAAUCGAUUAAGACUAAAAUAGAAAGAGAGGUUAUUACCAAAGCUUGGGUGGGAAUCACAGAGCCGAGUACAAUAGUGGAGAAUUUUCUUGUUUUUUUAGGGGCUCCCGUGGGUUACAAUUUGUGGGUUGUGCUUCCGAAAGAAGUUUUCGGUAAAUAUUGGUAUCGAGUGAAGACAGUGGAGUUUUUGGAUCGAGAAAUUCGCCUCAGAUUAGACAUAGUUCGUCCAUACCAAAGGGAAACCACUCCAUUGAGAGAUGCCAGCGAGAAUAUGGAUUUUAGCGCAAUUAUCGAGGAGAAGAAAACGCAAUUCAAGAGGAACAUCCAUUAUUUUUUAAGCGAAAUGCUAACUUUGAGGAACUUUAUGGAAACUGUAAAGUUCUUCGCUAUUUUAAUUGCAGCUCUAUUGGCGGGUGUAUUUAACGUUCUAAAUUAUUUAUUAGAAUGGUUUUUGAAAUUCAUCAGGGAGCUCUCGAAUUUGACGAGAGCUUUUACUCCGAUUGUUAUAAAUGUGAUCAAUUUAGUGGGUAGCACAAUUUUCGGUUUGUUUAAAUUGAUAUACGCCUUGUUUACAGAUAACCGUAAACCAGCGCCCGUUUGUAAUAAUUACAUAAUAGAUCCCUCUUAUAGCAAGUAUAUAAACAAACCUCUGCCCUAUAAUAAUUUCCCGGCGAUACAGCAAAGGGGGCCUAGGAUAACACCUUUAGAUUAGACAAUAACUUGGAAUUUCAAUUGAAUUACGUAUGAUAUUUUUUAUUGGAAUGACUGGUGCUAAACGCAAUAUGAUGAAAUUUAUUUUUAGAAAAUUUUAGUUGUUAGUCGACGAAAUUUUUGUGGUAUCUUUUUAUUCUAUAUCUGUAUAUAAUAAUAUUACUUUAAUCAGCUAGUUGGGCGUGUAAUAAUAUUUUUGUGUAAUUUUGUGUUUAAAUUUUUUUGUAUAGUAGAUAGGAGGCGUAUUGUUUGUGGUUUUUAAUAAAAAUAUUUAAAAAAAUGUUAGUGUUUCGUGCGUCAAGAAAAGGCUAUGGUCUGCUAUAGCCCA